AUGAACCAGAACAACUUCACCCGGGUAACAGAAUUUCUCCUUCUGGGUCUUUCUGAUGACCCUCAGACUCUGCUACUGCUCAUUGUAUUAUUCUUGGGGGUCUACUUAUGUACUGUGCUUGGGAGCUUACUCCUCAUCUACUUGGUUAUAACUGACUCACUGCUCCACACACCCAUGUACGUUUUUCUUUGCAACUUGUCUGUGGCUGACCUUUGGGCCUCUACCACCAUUGUUCCCCAAGCCAUUGUUCACAUGUUGACCAGGAAGAACAUAAUUUCCUUCAUGGGCUGUGCAGCUCAGAUUUUUUUUUCCAUCAUUUCUGGAGGUACACAGUGUUCACUGUUGGCUGUGAUGUCCUAUGACCGGUACUUAGCAAUCUGUGACCCUAUGCAUUACUCUCUAAUCAUGACAGGGAAGGUAUGCACCCAGUUGGCAUUGACAUGCUGGGUGUCUGGCAUUGUAAUAUCCUUGGUUGACACUAUAUUCACAAUUUGCCUCCCCUACCAAGGAGACAAUAGGAUCGAUCAUUUCUUUUGUGAUGCCCCAAUUCUCUUGACCCUGGCAUCUGGAGACAUUAAUGAAGCAGAGAUAGCCAUUUUCUUCAUGGGUGUUGUGAUUCUUCUUGUACCUGUGGCCCUGAUCCUCAUCUCCUAUGGUUCUAUCAUAGUGAUUAUCAUCAGGAUGAAGACAACCUCAGGAAGACUCAAAGCAUUCUCUACCUGUGGCUCCCAUCUCAUUGUGGUUAUCCUUUUUUAUGGGACACUAAUACUUGCCUACAUGACACCCCAGUCCUCAAGGGAACAGAUCAAGGUAGUUGCUAUAUUCUAUGGUGUCAUAAACCCAAUGCUUAAUCCUAUCAUCUAUAGCUUGAGGAAUAAGGAUGUAAUGAGGGCAUUCAGGAAUGCAGUCAAUAGGAUGAAAUCCUGA